AUGCGUCGAAUGGAGAAACGGGAAAAGCCGCAGCCUCGAGAGAAAACCAAAGACUCGGACUCGAAAGGCGAAGAGAAGAGUAAUGCAGGCUAUAUCCAGCCUCCGGGGUUGAAAGAGCGGUGCCAGCCAUCACGUCGCCCAGCAAGCCCAGCCAUUGAUAUAAUGGGGGCGCAGGUUCAAUAG